AUGGCCUCCACCCACUCCGUGCGCAGCUACUCCAUUCGCCAGCCCUCCUUCUCCAGCAUGUCUGGGAGGGACAGCGGACGCAGCGUCCGCUCCAAGCCUUCCGUCUCUCCUCUGGCCCGGUCCGUCUCAGUGGGAAACGGCCUCAACAUGCUGGGCUCCAGCCUCAGCUUCAACGGCCUCGGUGUCGGCACCUGCGACAAGGAAACCAUGCAGUGCCUGAACGACCGGCUGGCCACCUACCUGGACAAGGUGCGCAUGCUGGAGAGGUCCAACGCCGAACUGGAGGUGAAGAUCAAACAGAUCAUGAUGGAGAAGGUUCCAAAAGGUCACGACAUCGAGGGGAUGAUGGCCCAGGCACAUGUCAUUGGGCAGCAGGUGAGAAAGAAGUCGCUGGAGAACGCUCGGAUCAUGCUGGAGAUUGAUAACGCCAAGCUGGCAGCCGAUGACUUUAGGGUCAAGUGGGAGGCGGAGGCCAGCUUGUGCCAGUCGGUGGAGAGGGACUGUCAGGCUCUGCGGAGAGCGAAGUUGGACCACGACCAGAUCAUCGCCACGCUGCGAGGGGACCUGGACAGCCUGAAGGAGGAGCUCUACUUCCUCAAGAAGAAUCACGACGAGGAGCUAAGCUCCCUCAAGGGGCGUCUGACCAACGAGCAGGUGAACGUGGAGGUGGAUGCGGCCCAGAGUCCAGAUCUGGGGGCCACGCUGGCCGAGCUGAGGGUCCAGUAUGAGGGCAUCACCCGCAAGAACAAGGAGGAGGCUGACACCUGGUACCUCAAGAAGUUGGACGCAGUGCAGUCGGAGGUCAGAGAAAGCAACGAGGCUUUGCGUAAUGCCCAAGCUGAGCUCAGCGAGAGACGACGCUUCCUGCAAGCGCUGGAGGUCGAGCUCGGGAGUCUUCGCAAACAGGUCAGUGUGUUGGAGGGAAACCUGGGGGAAACUGGGCACAAGUACUCGGUGGAGAUGGACCGUCUCCAGGCCACACUGACCCAUCUUGAGGACGAGCUGUCUCAGCUGCGUCUGGACAUGCAACGGAACAAGACCGACUACGAACAGCUGCUGCGCAUCAAACAGAACCUGGAGAUGGAGAUCGCCACCUACAGGAGGCUGCUGGAAGGAGAGGAAAUGGUGAAGGAAAUACUUCCACCUCCUAAAAAAGACCCUGAGAUAAGGACCAGGAAGAUUGUAAAAGUCGUCACUCAGACCAUGAUUAAUGGGAAAGUGGUGGACGAGUCCAGCGAGGUGGAGCAGAUUGAAGAACAUCAAAAAUGA